CCUCGACCUCAUCUCGUCCUUUAUGCUUGUCAACUAACACCCAAAGCACUAUACAUAGAGUUCCCGUACGUAGCGCUGACAGAUUUGUGUGAAUCCCCCAUCUAGACACCUCCCACCACACUCCUUGUCGGCCAAGUUGCCACUCCCAAACAUGUCGGCGACAAACUGGCCCACCUUCCACGACUUCACGUUCGACCUCUCCUCCCGCCUACGACAGGCCGCGCAAAGAAGUCUUACCGAGCUCGAGGCCAGCAUCAACUGCGAUGGAAAUGACUGGCUGGAAGACUACAUCGACAACAUUGAGGCCCAGGGAAGAAAGGCCCCGAUUGCCGACCUGAUCAAAACCCCUUCACGAACGCAGACGGCCAAGAAGACCCGUGCUGUGCUCACCGCUAGCAAGAACCGCGUCGAGCAGAUCCGACUGUUCAAUGAGCGUGCUGCGCUGAGCCCGCUGGCGAGCAACUCCCCCAACGUGGGUCCUACUGCCAGGAUUUGGACGGCACUAACGGGAGCUCAGGUUCGCCAGCCAUUCUCCCCUCUAUCCACCCACCGCCUCAACACUAUCCCCGCUUCUCCCACGCCUGCAUCGCCGCUCAAGGGCAAGGCUCUCCCUCUUGCCAAGGCCAAGAACGACAAGGUCGUCAAGGAGAAGGUCGUGAAGGAGAAGGCUCCUCCGAAGACCAAGAAGGGCAAGAAGCAGAGCCCCGACGAGUCGACAUCUGCACCCAAGGAGAAUGCGAUCGAAGUUGAGCCAACUGCAAGCUCGUCAUCAGCAACCAAGCCCACCGGCAUCCGUGGCGUUGCUGCACAGGCGCCUGUCAUCUCCAUCGAGCCUCCAGCAGCCAAAACUGCCCCCAUCAAGCCCAAGGCCGUCCGCAAGCCAACCCCACCAAAGGCCAAGGAGUCGACUCCUGAGCCUGUACAUGAGUCGGAGCAUGAGGAGGAAGAGGCCAUGGAAGUUGACCCCGCGCCGGCGGCCGAAGCCGCGCCUGUCGUCGAAGUCACUCCCGUUGUCGAGGACUUCGAGCCUAUCGACGUCGACGAGCAUGUGGAGGAACAGGCUGCUGUCGACGAGGACGUCGAGGUUGAUGUGGUCGAGGAGGCGGAAGUUGAGGACGUCGAGGUCGAGGAGGCUGAGGACGAGCCUCUUGCCGUGGCUGAGCCGGAGGCCGUGAUGCCCUCUCCCGCGGAGCCAGCUGCCUCCACGUCGCCCGCGAAGGUCAUCUCGCCUUUCAAGCCUGUCGUCAACGAAACAUCGCCUUUCAAAGUUGCACCUGUGGAGCCUGUCACAGCCAAGCACAGCUCUCCCGAGAAGGCCAGCUCUCCGGUCAAGGAGGCGGCUGCUCCGGCACCGAACGUCCCCGUCCGUCAAGUCCGCUCGUCCUGGCUCAGCUCGGCUCUUGGCACGCGCACUGUGCCCGUCUCUGGGCUCGGCGCCGACCGCAAGUCCUAUGCCCCAGGAGCACAGCCCCGCAGCAGCAUUCAGUAUGAGUCGCUUCGCAAGAGCGUGGCUGCUCCAGGCACGUUAAAGCGCAAGUCUGAGGACGGUCCUGAAGUCGACGAGCCUGAUGUUCAAGAAAAGGCAAAGGAGAAGCGCGCCGACAAGGUGGCACGGUUUGACUCGUCCGCUCAGCCUACUUCCCCAGUGCGCCAGCCUGCACUUCAGGCCGCCCGCACUCCGGCUUCGGCUCCCCAGGCAAAGAUCAACACGUUGGGCGACGCCCCCACAUCUGUUCCUUCGGUGUCCUCCGCCCCUCAGGACGGUCGUCACCGGCCCGAUACGUACAAGGUCGCACGUGCUCUCGACGAGAUGCGGGAACGAGCUGCAGCUGCAGCUGCCAAGCAGAAGGCCGCCGCUGCCGCUGCGGCCGCGACCACAGCUGCUACUACCACCAAGCCUGGAGAGGCUUCAAGGCCAGUGCCCACCGCCACCAGCACUGGAACAGGAUUCCUCCGUGGCCUGGGCAAUCUCGGAGUCGGGUUCCUUGGUCUUGGAUCCUCCGAGGCUGACGAGGCUCGACUUCGUCGUGAGGAGGAGGACCGCCGUGCUCAAGAGGAGGCCGAGGCCGAGCUUGCACGAAUCAUGCGGGAUAUGGCCGAGGAGGACAAGAAGGCUGCCGCCGAGGCCGCUGCUGCCAUCGCUCUCAGUGCCGCCUCGAGCAAGCCCAUGACCGAGGUCCGAAAGGAGACCGUUACUGUCGCCAAAAUCCACAAGGCUGCCAUUCUCUCGGACGACGAGGAGGACGCUGUCAACGAGUCGAUCUCCCUCCCCGAGCUUCCUCAGCCCGACAUUGGAGAUGACUUUGACGCCAUUCCUCUGGAUGACGGCGUCACGUCAGCACUGGGUGCCGCCGGCAUCGACAUUGACAUUGACUUCCCCGACUCGACUACGCCACCCAACAGUCCGCCACGCCGCAUCGUCCCGAUGUAUGGAAUUCCUCGCUCACCGGCGCCUGUCGCUGCCGCUCCGAAGCCCAAGGGCAAGCAGGUUCUCAAGGUUCCGGAGGUCGUCCUUUCGCCUCCUAGGGCGAAGACUCCGGCUGUCGCUCGCGCAAUUCGCACCAAGCCAUCUAAGGCGUCAGUCUCGAGGCCGGGCACUGCAGCUUCGACGUACGAGGAUGCCGAUGACGAGAAUGACGACGAGUUGCCUACCACGGCCAAGAAGACCCCAGUGAGUUAUCGUGGCUCGUGUGUGACAAGUACUAACCCCCUCUUCCAGGGCAUGCACCGUUCACGACUGCUGUCCAAUGCCAGCGUCGCCGGUAGCACUCUUGGUGUCUCUACCAAGUCGUCUGCCACCACCCUUCUUAGCCAGGCCGACCGUAUGGCUGCCAAGGCGUUAGGCAUCAAGCCCACACCUGGUAACGUCAAGAGCAUCCAGGCCGCCGCUGCAGCAAAGAAGAAGGUACUGCAAGAACAAUUCGUGCCUCAAACUCAAGCUGACAAGAUCAAGGAGCAGGAACUUGUCGACCGCAAGGCUGAGAUGCGUGAGAAGAUUGAGCAGCGCCGUCUCGAUGAGAAGCAGCGCAAGGAGGCCGAGGAGAAGGCGAAGUUGGAGGAAGAGCGCAAGCAGCGCCUCGCUGAGGAGGAGGACAAGCGUCGUCGCCGCGCCGAGGCCGAUCAGCGUCGCAAGGAGCGCGAGGAGAAGAUGGAGCGCCUUGCCAAGGAGAAGGCUGCUCGUGAGGAGCGUGAAGCUGCGACUGCUCGUGCCAAGCAAGCCGAGGAGGAGGCCGCGCGGAAGCGCAAGAUGGCCCCGCUCAUCAACAAGAACAUGGGUAGUAGCUCGAUCAAGAGAGUCGCCGCCCCUGCUGCGGCUCCUCCGCCCAAGAAGGAUCUUGCUUCUUCCAAGUCGACCUCGAACCUGCACGCCCAGUCCAAGAUAGGCCCUACCUCCUUCCGUACCAACGAUGAGCCCGCUCGUGCUCCCACAAUUUCCCUUGUGGUUCCUCCGGCGCCUGCCGCUCAGGCCGAGCGCCGUCCUCUUGGUCCUCCUGCCCGCACUUCGACUGCUCAAGGACCUCACGGCACUCACACUGCCCAAGCUGGUCCCAGCAACGCUGCUGUGCUGCAGCAGUCUCGUGCUGCCCUUCAGGCGCAGCUCGACCAGAAGGCUCUCGACAUGGAGUCUGAAGCGAUCGAGCUGCCCGACAUUGCCUCGGAGUACUCUGAUUCGGAUGACUCUGAGAAGGAGGACGACUUCAAGCGUCCCGGAUGGGCUGGGACGCCCGAGCUUCGCAACGCUCUCAAGGCGCAGGCCAGCAUCAACCCUGAUGACCUGUUCGGCCCCAUUCGUCCUCUCAACAUGGAGGAGCUGUUCAACGCCAGGCAGGGCAAGUUCCGCGCGCGUACGAGUUCGGCCAACUGGAGCGGAGCCGACCGCCUCACCGAGCAGGAGGAGCGCGAGUAUGCUCGCCGUAUGGGCUUCCGACCGAUCAAUGCCCCGCGCGAGUCGAGACCAAGCGGAUCGAACCGCUAACCAAGUGCUUGUUUUUGGAGUGUACCUGUGUGUUCCAAGGAGUAAUGAUGC